AUGACUCCGGACAUCGCCGGCCCGGCGAAAGUCCCAUGGGCGGAGAGUCAUGUGCAUGACGAGCCCCUUGUCUCUCAAAUCCCCAUGCCCUCCCAUCGUCGUCGCUCAUAUUCCAGAGACCGCUCUGGCUCUCCUGCCGACCGGUCGCGCUCAAGGUCGCCAGAGCGGCGUGUCCAGCUUCCGGAUGGCGUUGACGAGAUUUCCGAGUCCGACUACUUCCUCAAGAGCGACGAGUUCCGUUUGUGGCUGAAGGAAGAGAAGGGCAAGUACUUCGACGAACUCUCCAGUGACCGGGCACGAAAAUACUUCCGCAAGCUUGGAACAGAGGAAGCUCUCCAAGUCCAUAUACAGCGGGGUCGAAAAAGCGCAAGCGGCGAGCCCCAAACCGCGUACAAGUGGUCGUUCGCAUCCAAGACGUCGCGCGCAGACAACGAGGCCCUGCGCGCCGCACGCGAAGAAAUCGACAGCACGCGUCAUCAUGGGCCCGACAAUGCCCAGCGCGGCGGACCGGACGUUUGCCGGGAGGAGGCCGACGAGAUGCACGCAGUGGAGCGCGACUUCAACCGCAAGCGGGAACGCAAGGAGGCGAAAGAGCGGGUCGAGGACAUGGUGGGCCCGAAGGAGGUGGGACGUGCUGGGAUGUUGGAGAAGAAGAAAGCGCAGAGGGAAUCGGACAAGGCGUUCCGAGAGAAAGGCGAUGAUGGGCUCGCCGUGGACGACUCCACGCUGAUGGGGGGCGGAGACAGUUUCCAGGCUCAGAUUGCACGUCGAGACGCAGCGAGGAAACGGUUUGAAGACAAACGAGAAGAGAAGAUGGCGAGCACUCGAGAGCGUACCGAUGCCAUCCGCCAGAAGGACAAGGCGACCAUGGAUAUGUUCAUGCAGAUGGCAAGGGCGAAGUAUGGCUGA